GCCUGCACUGGGAGCGGCCCGGGCUAGGGCACGUCUGCAGAAGAACCCUUCCCCCGGGGCAGGCGGCCGGGAGGGCGGGGCGGUGCCGCCCCCGGGGCGGGCCCAGUGCGUGGCAGCGGGACCUGCGGCCCCGUCGCGAAGUUUCCAGCCCUGCCAGCGUCGCCGGGUCGGCCGAUAGUCCCCAGAACCCGGCCAUGCGGCCCCUGCUGCUCCUGGCCCCGCUGGGCUGGUUGCUCCUGGCCGAAGCGAAGGGCGACACCAAGCCGGAGGACAACCUUUUAGUCAUCACGGUGGCCACUAAGGAGACCGAAGGGUUCCGCCGCUUCAAGCGCUCAGCCCAGUUCUUCAACUACAAGAUCCAGUCGCUUGGCCUAGGGGAGGACUGGAAUGUGGAGAAGCGGACGUCGGCAGGUGGAGGGCAAAAGGUCCGGCUGCUGAAGAAAGCCCUGGAGAAGCACGCAGACAAGGAGGACCUGGUCAUUCUCUUCACAGACAGCUAUGAUGUGCUGUUUGCAUCGGGGCCCCGGGAGCUCCUGAAGAAGUUCCGGCAGGCCAGGAGCCAGGUGGUCUUCUCAGCCGAGGAGCUCAUCUACCCAGAUCGCAGGCUGGAGGCCAAGUAUCCGGCGGUCUCCGAUGGCAAGAGGUUCCUGGGUUCUGGAGGCUUCAUCGGUUAUGCCCCCAACCUCAGCAAACUGGUGGCCGAGUGGGAUGGCCAGGACAGCGACAGUGAUCAGCUGUUUUACACCAAGAUCUUCUUGGAUCCGGACAAGAGGGACCAGAUAAAUAUCACCCUGGACCACCGCUGCCGUAUCUUCCAGAACCUGGAUGGAGCCUUGGAUGAGGUCGUGCUCAAGUUUGAAAUGGGCCACGUGAGAGCGAGGAAUCUGGCCUAUGACACCCUCCCAGUCCUGAUCCAUGGCAAUGGGCCAACCAAGCUGCAGCUGAACUACCUGGGCAACUACAUCCCGCGCUUCUGGACCUUCGAGACGGGCUGCACCGUGUGUGACGAGGGCCUGCGCAGCCUCAAGGGCAUUGGGGAUGAAGCUCUGCCCACGGUCCUGGUCGGUGUGUUCAUUGAACAGCCCACGCCGUUCGUGUCCCUGUUCUUCCAGCGGCUCCUGCGCCUCCACUACCCCAGAAAACACAUUCGACUUUUCAUCCACAACCACGAGCAGCAUCACAAGACUCAGGUGGAGGAGUUCCUGGCAGAGCAUGGCAGCGAGUACCAGUCUGUGAAGCUGGUGGGCCCUGAGGUGCGGAUGGCGAAUGCAGAUGCCAGGAACAUGGGCGCAGACCUGUGCCGGCAGGACCGCAGCUGCACCUACUACUUCAGCGUGGAUGCCGACGUGGCCCUGACCGAGCCCAACAGCCUGCGGCUGCUGAUCCAGCAGAACAAGAACGUCAUUGCCCCACUGAUGACCCGGCAUGGGAGGCUGUGGUCGAACUUCUGGGGGGCUCUCAGUGCAGAUGGCUACUAUGCCCGCUCCGAGGACUACGUGGACAUCGUGCAGGGGCGGCGUGUUGGUGUCUGGAAUGUGCCCUAUAUUUCAAACAUCUACUUGAUCAAGGGCAGUGCCCUGCGGGCUGAGCUGCAGUCCCCAGAUCUCUUCCACCACAGGAAGCUGGACCCCGACAUGGCCUUCUGUGCCAACAUCCGGCAGCAGGAUGUGUUCAUGUUCCUGACCAACCGGCACGGCCUUGGCCACCUGCUCUCUCUGGACAACUACCGCACCACCCACCUGCACAACGACCUCUGGGAGGUGUUCAGCAACCCCGAGGACUGGAAAGAGAAGUACAUCCAUGUGAACUACACCAAGGCCCUGGCGGGGAAGCUGGUGGAGACGCCCUGCCCGGAUGUCUACUGGUUCCCCAUCUUCACGGAAGCGGCCUGUGACGAGCUGGUGGAGGAAAUGGAGCACUUUGGCCAGUGGUCUCUGGGCGACAACAAGGACAACCGCAUCCAGGGUGGCUAUGAGAACGUGCCGACCAUUGACAUCCACAUGAACCAGAUCGGCUUUGAGCGGGAGUGGCACAAGUUCCUGCUGGAGUACAUUGCGCCCAUGACCGAGAAGCUCUACCCCGGCUACUACACCAGGGCCCAGUUUGACCUGGCCUUUGUCGUCCGCUACAAGCCUGAUGAACAGCCCUCGCUGAUGCCGCACCAUGAUGCCUCCACCUUUACCAUCAACAUCGCCCUGAACCGAGUUGGGGUAGACUAUGAGGGUGGGGGCUGUCGAUUCCUGCGCUACAACUGCUCCAUCCGAGCCCCGAGAAAGGGCUGGACCCUCAUGCACCCUGGACGACUCACGCAUUACCACGAGGGGCUCCCCACCACCAGGGGCACCCGCUACAUCGCAGUCUCCUUUGUCGAUCCCUAAUUGGCCAGGCCUGGCCCCCUGGGACCUUUCUUCUUUGCCGACAACCACUGCUCAGCAGCCUCUGGGAUCUUGGAGUCCCAGGGAACCCAGUCCAGCCUCUUGGCUUUUGACUUCCAUUGCUCUUGGAACCACCAAUCAGAGAGAGUCAGAGAGAUUCCUGCAGGCCAAAGGCGGGGCACACCUCCAUGGCUGGGGCUCUCCGUGGUGCUCUGGACCCAGCACGUGGAGACACCAUUCACUUUUACUGCUUUGUAGUGACUCGUCCUCUCCAACCUGUCUUCCUGAAAAACCACGUCCCCCUACCUCUACCUCUUCCAUGGGGUGAGACUUUACAGACCAGGGGCUUCCCCAAGUUGCCCAGAAAGAUUAUCUGGAUGAGAAGCCAUGGCCAGAGCUUCUCCCAGGCACAGUUGUAGCACCAGGGACGUCCGCUUCAAGUUUUGGGAUAAAGACACCUGGAUGACACUCAAGUGGCCGCCCUGAGUCUGGGACUUCUGCCUCCAUGGCUGGUCAUGAGAGCAAACCGUAGUCCCCUGGAGAUGGAGACUCCAGAGAACCUCUUGGGAGACAGAAGAGGCAUCUGUGCACAGCUGAAUCCUCCACUUGCCUGGGGGGAGGGGAGUGACAGGUCCACACACUGCACUGGGUCAUCCUGUCCUGGAUGCCUCUUAACAGAGGGACAGACUGUCAGAAACUAGAGAGUUUCUAUUAAAGGUCAUUUAAACCACUGAA